AUGAAAUUUGAUAUUGACAUGCUUAAAUACGUGACUAAACCAAGAGCCCCAUUAAUAAUCAGCUUCUUAUUGCUUGGAGCAUCUUUUUUAUCAUUUGCUUGCUUUUUGACUGGAAUAGGUUGCGGUGGAAUAUCAGGAUUAUUGUAUAUGAAGUAUUCUACCUAUCAUACUCUAAGUUCAACUCAAGCUGCACCUGGAAUAAUUCAAAGAUUUUCGAGAAGCUUGAAUGUGCCUCUACUAGGGCUUGUAUCUCUUGCUCUAUCAUUGACAUUUUUAGAUGAUUUAUAGAUGUAUUCUUUCUUACCUUCAGCCUUGUUUGCUGGAAUAUUCAUGAUUCAAGCCUCUUUCCUAACUAGAGAUUUGAGAGUCCCACUAUGGUAUGAGAUGUUAAGAGUGGAGAAAAACAUUAACGUAUAAACAAAUAUCAGACCUAAAUAGAAUAAGAGAAGCAAUAAUUGUCUUUAAAUAGAACUGGACUAACUUAAAAACAAAUUGAUCAAGAACAAAGAAUAAUAAAUGAAAACUUAAAGAACCCUUUCAUCUGAUUGGUGA